CCAAUGCGGGGGAUGCCAUAUGAUAGGAUGCUAAGGAAUGUUAUCAACUAUUCGAAGAAUUACUUUUUUGUCCAAUCGAGUGUGGUAAUUGGAGAACGCUCGGGUAAUUAUUCAGUGUUUGAUUUAGAUUGACGCUCGUUUGGGGUUGACAGUUGGGGAUGUCGUAUGGCGUUACUGUGCUUGGUUCCCUCUUUUUAUGAUACCACAAUUACUCACUGACGGGGAAGGAAAUCUUGGCAAUUACCUCAUCAAUUUGAAAACACAGGGGCACCUCAGAAGCAGACAGAACAAGAGAAAGAAAAAGCGAUGUGGCCUCCAGCCUCCUUCUCUCCUCAUCCCUUUUUUUUUUCUUCCCACCUCCGAGACGAGCCCUACACCCCCUUCCUCUCCUUCUUCCCUUCAUCAAUCUACCAUACCAUAAUUUUAAACACCCAUCCACUAAGCGACCCUCAAUUAAACGCCCCCCCCCCCCCUCCUUGAUGAAAUGCGUGCCCUCGCUGCUCUGCUCCUGCCGCUGAUCGCGAGCGCCCAACUCUUCGGUAGCAACACCGUCAACCCGGACCCCUCGACCCAACGCAAGCUAAACUUAACCCUCCAAGUUCACUUCCCGGACGUCCCGAAUGAGCUAGUCACCGUUGGCUCCGGCAACCCGAGCGUGAAGCUCGUGAACGGCAUCCCAACACACGUGUCCUUCAGCCUGGCAAAUUUCGAGGAUUCACCGAUAUUUGUGAAGGCCGUCGGCGGGAGUCUUUGGGAUUCGGGAAAAGAUGUUGCCGCGCGGAAUCUAACGAGCAAGAAGCUGGGUAGCCUGGAGGUGCCCAAAGGUCAGAAGAUUGAGAUACCCUACGAGUUUGUCAACGAGAUGCACCCUAGGGAGAUCUUGCUCAAUCUUGCCAUGGUGUUGAGGCACGAGGGGGAGAUUAUCACGGUUUCCGCGUAUAACCAGACUGUCGCUGUGGUUGAGGCGCCAACUUCGCUUUUGGAUCCACAGCUGUGAGUUUCCCUUCCCCUGGGCCUUCUCUCCUCGGGCAUUUUUGGGGGCUAAUUGUGGGUGCCUAUUUAGGUUGUUCCUGUACCUCAUCCUCGCCGUUACAGUCGCUUAUGCCGGAUACUUUGUCUACAAUACUUGGCUUGCCAGCGUCAUACCCAUAACCAAGCGCAGCAGGUCCGAUGCUCCAAAGUUGGUCAGACCGACCCCGCCGCUCGCCCAGUCGGGAAAGUACGAUGAGAGCUGGAUUCCUGCGCACCACAUUAAGAAGCCUACUACUUCAAGGGCUAGGAGUGGCGCCAAGGGCCGGAAGGGGGCCGAGUAAACGGCGGAAUUAGCUUCUUUUUCUUUUGGCUCUUGCUUUUCCGGACUUUAAUCUGUCAUUUUUUCCAGUUUCAGAGGAUGAAUGAAUGGCUGGCUUGGCUGAUUGGUGGAUGCAUUGAUGGUUAGAUGGGUUGGGAGGGGUUUCGGGAAAGAAAAGGAGGUAUUGUUGUGUUAUCUUGCUCUGUUUGUAAUUUUGUAGUGAUAUCGGUACUUGCAUAUUAUAGCUUAGCUCUUGGAUAUGAUUCAUUGUUAGUUGAUCGUUAUACAGGUACUAUGCUCUGUAGAAUCGCGGUAAAAAUAAGAAAUAGGAAU